GUGGGCGCUCGGUGUAAGAUGGCGGCGGUUGGUGAUGGAACGGGGUCAACUGGGUCGGCGCUGCAGGGGUUAAUUCGGCAGUUUACAGCCAUUACAGGUGCCAGUGAAAGUGUGGGGAAACACAUAUUAGAAGCAUGCAGCAACAAUCUGGAGAUGGCUGUCACAAUGUACUUGGAUGGAGGUGGAAUAGCUGAAGAACCCAGUACCAGUACAGCAGGAACGUCGAGUAGACCGCCUCCACAGGAUGAAGUACGAGCUCCAAUUCCACAAAAGCAAGAAAUCCUGGUGGAACCUGAACCAUUAUUUGGUGCUCCCAAACGGCGGAGGCCUGCGCGCUCCAUAUUUGAUGGGUUCAGAGACUUUCAGACUGAAACGAUCAGACAGGAGCAAGAGCUGCGGAAUGGUGGUCCGGUGGACAAGAAGCUGACCACUCUGGCAGACCUCUUCAGGCCACCUAUAGACCUAAUGCACAAAGGCAGCUUUGAAACGGCGAAAGAGUCAGGACAGCUGCAGAACAAGUGGUUGAUGGUAAAUAUUCAGAACGUACAAGACUUUGCCUGUCAGUGCUUGAACCGUGAUGUUUGGAGCAAUGAGGCAGUGAAAACCAUCAUUCGAGAACACUUCAUCUUUUGGCAGGUAUACCAUGACAGUGAAGAAGGACAGCGAUAUGUUCAAUUUUAUCAACUCUCAGAUUUCCCUUAUGUGUCCAUACUAGACCCCCGCACUGGUCAAAAAUUAGUUGAAUGGCGUAACUUGGACGUGAAUUCAUUCCUGGAGCAGGUGACGGGAUUUUUAACGGAGCACGGGCUACUAGAUGGACUCUCCUGUAGCCCACCAAAGAAACGUCUGCGAUCGGAGAGCUUAAUUGAUGCCAGCGAAGAUAGCCAGCUAGAAGCAGCAAUUAAGGCUUCUUUACAAGAAACGCACUAUGAGUCGUCAAGUCCUGAGAAUGAGGAUCAGUCGGAUGAGGAGUCAGAGGCAGAAGCUUUCUCAGACAGUGAAGGAUUCAUCUCCAUCAAUGGAUCAGAUGAAGAAAGGGAAGAGGAAAGUACCACAAAAAAGAAACAAACUCCACGCAAGGAUCUAAGCAGUAAACAAACACGUGUAGAAUUAACUGAAAGAACUGAGGCAGGGAAAGACACUAGUUUGGAAUUUUCCUGCAAAGACAGAUCUGAGAAAAAUCGGUCAGGGGCAGAUGCAGAAACCUCAACAAAGCAGCAAGAAAUAGAAGAUCCAGCAGUCUAUUUUGAUAAUAGUGGACCAAAAGCAAGUCUGAUGCUGCGAUAUCCGAAUGGACAAAGGGAACAGAUUGCACUUCCAGCUCAAGCAAAACUACUGGCACUGGUGAAGCACAUCCAGUCAAAGGGAUAUCCAAAUGAGCGGUUUGAGCUGGUCACCAACUUUCCACGCAGGAAGCUUUCCCACUUGGACUAUGAAAUUACGCUGCAGGAAGCUGGACUGUGCCCUCAGGAAACUGUCUUUGUUCAGGAGCGAAAUUAACUUGGGAGAGUGCAAAAAGAUUUUAUACAAAUGUUGCAAGAUCUGGUUGGUUGGUGAUAACCUGGCUUCAGCCUGAACAAAGAGGACUAUGUAUUUUCAUCUUUUUACUGGACCUACUGAGGCCACUGACGUGAAGAAAUUUUGAGAUCUACACUCAAUUCUUAAUACUUUUUGAUUCCCAAAAGAAGAACCCUUUUUACUGGACCAGAGAACACUGGAUGUGUUUUUUUUGUUUGUUUGUCAUUACGUAUCCAUCAUUCUAUGCUUGACCCAUUACAUUUGGGCAGUGCCGGGCAUCAGUAUCGUUUGCAUUUUUCUCUCCCUACAACUGCUGGUCUUGGCAAUGCUCCAAGUUGCCCUAACCAAAAUCUACAAGAGCCUCAUUUUUUGACUACUAGGAGGAAGCUUUCCCUCGCCAAGACCAGUUGACAAAAGGAAAUGCUGGGGAAUCAGGAUGGGAAAUGACGGAUUGGCAUCUGAAAAGAUUUGACUUUGUCUCUUGGUAGUGUUACUUAUUUAGGCAAGUGCGUGUUAGGAAUUUGAUGUUGUUCACUAUGAUGCAUCUUCAGUUGCCCUGAUGUCUUCAAACAACCCAACUCAAGCCUGUGCUGGAAUUCAUGACCUUGUAUUAUGGGCGGAGAGAUUUGCAGCAUAGCCUGGUAAUAAUCUGAUGGAUCUGGCAUGCCAGGUCUAAAGUCACCAACUUUACUUCAGUCUGCACUUUUGAGGCAUGAGUUGCUGUGGAAUAAUUAUUUUAACGGGUUCAGUGCACCAUUCCAAGAAGGUCAACAUAGUUCCUGAACCUCUAUAGGGACCCAAGGCAAUCUAGACCACGUGGCUAAAGCAGUGAGUCCUGUGAAUACACGUUGGAUCCCUGACAUUAAACUAUAAGAGUGAGAUUUCUUAAGUUCUGUGAAGCAAGGUUAAUUCUGAGGGAUUCUACACAGUUCAUUAUUCCACGUAGAGUCGAGAAUUGAGUGAUUGUGUUCAUUUCUGCCAUCAUCAAACUUCAAGGUUUGUACCCUGUUCCUGACAUGAAUUUCUUGGCGAUCCUGCUUAUGGUUCAGGUGUCUGUGAUGUUACAAACUUGAAGGAUUAUACGAAGCAUCCCAUGAUGAGUUUCAGGCACUAAGAUCCAAUGAGGGGUUUGACUGGCAGAUCCAGGAUCCUUCAUGGGAAACUUUGGAGAUGAGCGGCCUGCCCAUUGAGAAAGGUUUGAGAUGUAGUCAAGCCCCAGACUGUAAUGGGCAUGGGUUGGGUUAGGGAUGUGGUGAUGAUGGUAAUGUGUGACUGAUGCACAGGUUUUGGGAAGAACAACAAAGAAGAACAACAAAGAACUAUGUAUAUCUCUACCACAGAGCUGGUACCACAGAAGGAGUGAGCAAUGUUAAUGUAUCCUGCUGGGAAUAAUCAGUGUUUUGUGGCUGUUUUCAGGCCUGGUCCUUGAUACUUGGAGGAGGGGAGGAGUUUGAGAGAGUAGACUGAUAAUAGUGUCUUUGGCAAACUUGUACGAACACCGUGAGCAGAUCUUAUAUGGUUCUGCAGGUAUGUACACAGUAAGGGCAUGAAGCACAUUGGAAACUUGUGUGUGCUGGGGGUGGGGUGGUUGGUGUUGGAUUAUUGUUUGGAGCA